UUUUUUUUUUUUUUUUUUUUUUUGGUGCAUUGUGGAGUUUGGAGACAUUCCUCCCUCCGGAUUCAGCUCAUGCUCUCUCCUCCCUUAUCUGUGCAUGCCAAAACAGAGAUCUCCACGAUUUUGUAUUCCUCCCUGCCCAGGUGAUUGGGUGAAUUCCACUGAGUGACAGGCCGACCCGGCAGCAGUUGAUGGUUGGGCGGACCCCCUCAGAUGAGAUCAGUGUCCAGGGGGAGGUGGAGAAAGGGGGUAUGGGGAGCGCUUGCCCCCACUAACGGGAUGGCCUCGUGGGCCUGGCUGCUGGCCGCUGUCCUGCUGUCCCUGCUGACCGUCAGCGUGGCCCGGCCGCCCCUCACCGCCACCAAGGAGGAGGAGGCCACUCUGGAACCUGAAGAGGCCUCGAACAAAUACCAAAUUUCUAAGCCCACGGUGUGCUCAGUGCACCCGGGGGAGUUGCUGAAGCUGAGCUGCCCUCUGCCGCAGUCGGGGACCAUCACCUGGACCAAAGACGGCAGCUCUCUGGGCACCAACAAUCGCACAGUGAUAGAGCAGGAGGUUCUGCAGAUCCGUGAUGCCACGGCCAAGGAUUCAGGCCUGUACACCUGCACCAGCGUGGGCAAAGACACGGUCUGCUUCAUAGUGAAUGUCACAGAUGCCAUCUCCUCGGGGGAUGACGAGGACGAUACUGAGCGAUCGGAGGACACUGGGGCGGACGGAGAGCAGAUAAGCGCUCCGUAUUGGACAUCGUCAGCAAAGAUGGAGAAGAGGCUGCACGCGGUGCCAGCUGCCAACACAGUCAAGUUCCGCUGUGCUGCAGGAGGCAACCCCAAGCCCAAGCUACGCUGGCUUAAAAACAGCAGGCCUUUCCGCCAAGAGGACCGCAUGGGAGGGUAUAAGGUGCGUAGCCAGCACUGGACCCUGAUCAUGGAGAGCGUGGUGCCAUCGGACAAGGGCAACUACACCUGUCUGGUGGAGAACGAGUUCGGAGCCAUCAACCACACCUACACCCUGGACGUAGUGGAACGGUCCCCUCACCGGCCCAUUCUCCAGGCUGGUCUCCCGGCCAACAUCACCGUUCACGUUGGGGAGGACGCCCGCUUCGUCUGCAAGGUCUACAGCGACGCCCAACCUCACAUCCAGUGGCUGAAACACAUCGACCAGAACGGCAGUCGCUACGGCCCCGACGGACACCCUUACGUCCGAGUGUUAAAGACCGCAGGUGUUAACACCACAGAUAAGGAGAUAGAAGUUCUCUACUUGCCCAAUGUAACAUAUGAAGAUGCUGGGGAGUUUACGUGCUUGGCGGGUAAUUCUAUUGGGAUCUCCUAUCACACUGCUUGGUUGACGGUGCUUCCAGCCCUCGAGAAAUCCCCAGGGCCCCUUUCCCCAGACUAUGUGGAGAUCGCCAUAUACUGCGCAGGCGUCUUCCUCAUCGCCUGUAUGGUGGGCAUUGUGGUGGUUUGUCGCAUGAGGAACACCGCAAAGAAACCCGACUUCGGGGGCCAACCAGCGGUCCACAAACUGAGCAAGCAGAUGCCUCUGCGCCGCCAGGUAACAGUGUCGGCUGACUCUAGCUCUUCCAUGAACUCCAGUACGCCGCUGGUACGCAUCACGACGCGGCGGAGCUCUGCGCACGACGACCGAAUCCCUGAGUAUGACCUCCCCGAGGAUCCGCGAUGGGAGUUUUCCCGAGACAGGUUGACCCUGGGCAAGCCCCUAGGUGAAGGCUGCUUCGGCCAAGUUGUAAUGGCAGAGGCCCUGGGCAUCGACAAGGACAAACCCAAGGAGGCUGUCACAGUCGCUGUCAAGAUGCUGAAAGAUGACGCCACGGAGAAAGACCUGUCUGACCUGGUGUCAGAAAUGGAAAUGAUGAAGAUGAUUGGAAAACAUAAGAACAUCAUUAAUCUUUUGGGGGCCUGUACACAAGAAGGUCCCCUCUAUGUGAUAGUGGAGUACGCCUCCAAAGGCAACCUAAGGGAGUACCUCCGGGCCCGCCGGCCGCCCGGUAUGGAGUACUCCUAUGACAUCGCCCGGGUCUCAGAUGAACAGCUUACUUUCAAAGAUCUGGUCUCCUGCACUUAUCAGGUGGCACGGGGCAUGGAGUACCUAGCAUCACAGAAGUGUAUACACAGAGACCUGGCAGCCAGGAACGUCCUGGUCACAGAGAGUAACGUCAUGAAGAUCGCUGACUUCGGCCUGGCCAGGGACGUCCAUAACAUCGACUAUUAUAAAAAGACGACAAAUGGUCGCCUCCCGGUAAAAUGGAUGGCUCCGGAGGCGCUGUUUGACCGGGUCUACACACACCAGAGUGACGUCUGGUCAUUUGGGGUGCUGAUGUGGGAGAUCUUCACCCUCGGGGGCUCCCCCUACCCUGGCAUCCCUGUUGAAGAGCUCUUCAAGCUGCUCAAAGAGGGACAUCGCAUGGACAAGCCUGGCAAUUGCACCAACGAGCUGUACAUGAUGAUGAAAGACUGCUGGCAUGCCAUCUCAUCCCACAGGCCCACCUUCAAGCAGCUAGUAGAAGAUCUGGAUCGCAUCCUCACCCUCAACACCAACGAGGAGUAUCUGGACCUGUGCGCCCCAGCAGAGCAGUAUUCCCCCAGCUUCCCCGACACUCGCAGCUCCUGCUCCUCCGGUGACGACUCUGUGUUUUCCCACGAUCCCUUACCGGACGAGCCCUGCAUCCCCAAGUACCAGCACAUCAACGGCAACGUGAAAACAUGAGCCCCCACCCACUCCCUCUCUACCCCACCUUGACCUGCCCCUGUCUUACCCCUCGACGACCGAAAACACACGUAGCAUAGACACCCUCUCUCGAAUGCCCACCCCCCAAUCACCCCUCUGGCUCCCGGUGGACUAAUGGACCCAGAUGGAACUGGGCUGGUGGCAGCGCUGCUGUCACACACUCAUACUGCCAUGCACACACACCACACACACUACGUGCUCACACAAGGUCUUAAAGGAGAGGACAGGGACCCUACAGAGGCUGUUUUUUUUACUGACUGAAUGUAUUGACGUUCCCUAGGGACCCUCCUCUUCCCCCUUUCUUCAAUUCUCCCUUCAUAGAAACACACAGACUUUUGAGUUUGGUUCUCAUGUUAGGUUUCCUUUUUUGUUGUUGUAACAAUCGACGAUGUUACUCAUUGGGUGACCCCAUUCCAGCGGCUGGCAUUCCAAGACUGUUAUUUGCUCCUGGAGGAAUGUAUGGACUGAUGUGAACUCAAAAAAACAAAACAAGGGACUAGAAGAGGAUGACGAAUAGGAAAAGGACUGAGCUUCAACUAACAAAACAGAGGAAUAGAAGGAGAGCACUUAUAGAAACUGCUCUCCUGUUUAUUUUGUAAUAUUGAUGCAUUUCUUUUUCAGUUCUCUUGAUAAAAACUUCCCAAUUAUUCUGGAGAGAAAAAAAUACACAGUAUAAUGUAUAGUGCUGGGUAUAUUUGUAAAUAUAUUCAAAAUGUAUAAAUAUAUAUUAUAUAUUUACAAUGAAUUAUUUUUUGUAUGGACUCCGAAAUAACCCCCGACCCUCUCCACCCUAUUUUGAGUCUGAGGCAGGUAUUCUAACUAGGUUAUGUGUCCUUUAUUUCUCUUCACACACAAACUCACACACACAGACAUGGAUACACACUUUAUUGUACACAAACACUUGUUUUACUCUCACUCAGUAACACAGUUGAGUAUUGGCUUUCAGGGACUGAGGUAGCAUGUUAAUUUAUUGACUUAUUUUUUUUAUUUUUUUUUAAAUGAAUCAAAAAAGUCUGGAGAAAUAAAAAGAACAAAAACAAAAUGGCAGAAAUUAUGACAUUAAUGAUGCUGAUAAUACAUAAAUAAUCCGUUAAAUUUAUGGUAAUUUAAAAUGAUCUUUCAGCAGUAACAGAAAAAAAGCUAUUUUUAGUGGGUUUGAAAGAUCCAGGUUUUGUAAGUUUUAUAUAUAUGAAUGUGAAUAUUAAGUUAAAUUUAAAACAACUGUACAUUUUAUAGUCAGCUAAUCCCUUUCUUAUGUAGAUUUUGAUGCCAUUUCUAUCCAGUCAUUUUACUCUUUCUUAGCUUUGCUUUAGGAAAUGAGAAUGAUUCCUGGAUAUUUAUAUAUGAUUGACAGAAAAAGGUUUUUGGAAAUGCCCGCUAGCAAUCUGCUCCCUCACAUAGACAAAUUAUAGGCUCCAAAAUUGACUUGACAGAAUUGAAAUCUGAAAAACAAAGUAUUAAAUCAUUCAAGUGUUUUUUUGUCUUUUUCUACUGGACCAACUUUCAGAUGUUCUUUUGCAAGUGUUCAUGCCACAUUUGCGAAAUAAAAGAUGGAAAAAUAUAUCUGAC